GGCCGUUGGCAAUUGUCGCGGUCUCUGUCUCCUCGCUCGACCGUCGUCGCCGUCUUUGAUAUACUGCUGAAUUCGUCUGCACCACUGUUGUCUCAACUUGUAUGUGUAGUACCUUCGGGCUUUUUGCGACGAUUGCACUCGUUGCGGCACAUAAAUUUCUCAUUGACACACACUCGGGGUCUUGACUCCUACGGCAAAAAAAUUGCAGCAUAGAGAUCAAUAUACCGGAAAAGUUGACUUUUUAAAAAAACAUCUCAGCUCGUUUUAUAAAUUAAAAUUAAUAAAGGCUCUGAAGGAGUGAAUCAAUUUCGCUUGAGGUAGAAAAUACAAUAAAAACAAGUGUUAAGAUGGAGGGAUCCAACGGACAGAGUACUUUUAUGAAAUCUGAUCCAAUUGCCUAUCCUGUAAAAGAAGACAUUAAGGAUCCAGCAAAAACUAUUGUUCAACAUCAAGUCGCAGGAAAUGAAGUCAAAAUGCUUGUUAUUUUGAAGAGUGGGGAACAAAGACUCAUUACAUUUACUCUGGCUAAUCAUGAGUGCACAGUUGCUGAUUUAUUGGAACAAGCAAAUAUACAGGAUUCUGCACAGCCAUGCAUUUCAUUAGUAUCGGAUCCAAACUUACACUACAUUGUUAAUUUCACAGUACCGUCAUCAAAUAAUAAAAACGAAGACAAACAAUUAUUUGACGAGUCUAGAAACCAAGUUAAUGAUGGUAAAACUGCUUCGUCGACAGGUCUACCAGAUUCAACGAGCUCAAUUACAGAGUUGGCAAAACCUGCAAAGAAAAAAGUGUAUGUUAACGGUUUUCUGGCAGUUUGCUCAUAUUGUGGAAUGAAUUCACCAGACUUCAACUAUUGUAUCAGAUGUAAAAGGAAAAUACCUGAUAAAGUUAAGGCAAUGUCUAUAUCAACAGGUGUCAUAACAAAACUAGAUAACCCAUGUCUUAAUCUGCCGUUAUUAGCUCAAAAAGAAGAUUCUGCAUUAUUACAAGGAGCAGAAAUGGUUUAAAAAGAGGCAAAGAGGGAUGCAGAACAGAGCAAAUAAAAUUCAAAAAACUAGAAUGUGUAAACACAUCUUAAUGUAAAGAAAAUGAUAACUAAGCGAGAAAAUCCUAAAUAAUUUUAUUAGAACGUCUACAGUUCAAAUUUUAAAGCCAAAUUUGAAUUAUAUCAAGACUUGUGUUUGAUUAAUAAUUUAAUUAUACUCUUAUUGUUUUUAUUUAUACUGCUUUGACAAAGUACUGUAAAUAAGUAGUACAUGUAGUGUAGUUUUUACCCGUAAAAUAUUAUUAAGUUUACAAACGGCUCAUGAAAGCUCAUUGAGUAAUAAUCAUAAAAAGCUACUUUUUUAAUCUUAAACUGUUAAAAAUUUUUACUAAACGAAAUUCGAACUAAUUUUCAAGUAUUCAUCUUUAGCUUUCGAUACAAAAUUUAUGAGUUGUGUGAUUUAUCUUUGAUCGAAAAUAAAAUUUGAAUAUUGUAAGUA